GAAAAGGCGAGAUGAGUCUGCAACAUCAGUGUGGUCUUGGUUCAUUGGCAUCGGUACCAACUGAAGAAACUCUCUUCUACAAAACACAAACGGCCUUUGAAGGUCAGUCCUAAGAAGAUAAAUCCUAAGUACAGAGAUGUCAAAUCAUACGAACGUGACAUGUCCAGAUCUAGAAAAAAAGGUGGUUUUUGUUGGUGUGUAUUCAGUGGUAUUCAUAUUUGGACUAACACUCAACUUGAUCGCACUUGUGGUUUUUUUCCGUAACUCACGUUCGCACACCACUAUUUACAUGAUUAACCUGGCCUUUGCUGAUAUAAUUCUGGUUUGUACACUUCCUGUGCGGAUCUUUGUCCAGGGGGGGUUGGUCUGUGAUUUUACUGGUCUCGUACUGCUAAGUAACAUGUACAGCACCAUCUUCCUCCUCAUGUGCAUUAGCUUUGACCGUUGCGUUGCAGUCUGCUUCCCGCUGUCUUCUCGCGUCCGUGAGGGCCGCAAGAAAGCAUGGUUAGUGUGUCUUGGAAUCUGGAUCCUAACUAGUGCAACAAGCUUACCGAUCUACUUUCAAGUGAAGGAAGUUAACGCGACAGUUACAAGGAAAAGGACAUGUUUCGGUGACUCUCCUAGCUUUGCGACUAAAACAGCUCCUCUCGUUUCUACUCUAACUGUCGGGUUUGGGAUCCCAUUAACUGUUAUGAUUCUCAGCUCAUGGGGGCUCCUCCGGGCUAUAAGUAAAAGCACGGCUGUCCAGACCAGCGACCUCGUAGACAGCGGAAGGAUUAAAAGAAUGAUAAUAACAAACUUGGCCAUCUUUCUGUUCUGUUUUCUGCCGUAUCACGUUAUACUCUUGCUAAUUUAUACUUACAAACCACCUUCGUGCCAACUGUUAAGUGCCUACCGGUAUAGCCUCAUGGUAGCUUGCCUGAAUGCCAUGCUGGACCCCGUGGCAUACUACUUUACAACGGAGACGUUUCGAAGAAAAAAAGACGUUGACGCUGUACGCAAAACAUGGCGAAUGAACAGUCACAGCUCGGAAGGAAACAACCGCUCACGUGCCCCGCUCACAACAUAAAACCAUCAGAUGGGUCUACUCAACUCUUAAGAACAAUGUGAAUGUUCAUGUAGACUAGCUCUCUCGUGCUCACAUUGACAUGACUGUUCCUUUUAUAAAAAGGAAACUAGAUGAAGAGAAUACUCAUGUAUGACCGACAUAGUUUAAAACAAGAAACCACAAGAAGUCUUUUCACCUUUCUGGAAGAGCUGCUAACUUCAUGCACAUGAGUGCAUGCAAAAGUAAGCUGUGUCGCCUUGGUCUUUAUCAUAUAUGGAUCUCUGAGAAAGUAAACAAAUGACUCAUUUGGCCAUUGAUGUGCAACCCCAAUUUUUUUUUUUUUUUUUUUGUUUGUUUGUUUGUUUUUACAACAAACUCUCAGUGGGGAAUCACUGUAAUAAAUCUAACAGCAUUAUACAUUAGGAUAAUUAUUUUUUGAUAAAUAUACGCAAAAGACUGUGAACAUAUUCUCGGUUAGAUUAGAGCAUUAUAUCCUUAUCUGCAUUGCAGUAAUUAUUCAUAGCCUUUCCGUUUUGCAGCAGUGUUUUUGUUCUACUAUCGCAAAUGUUAAUAUUUGUAAGUAUUUGUGCUUAUUUGUAAGUAUUUGUGCAUUAUAAUUUUGCAUGUGUGCAUUUUUGAUAUGUGCAUGACAUUUUGUUAGUUUUCCUUUGAAUAGUUGUCUAUAUGUACAUAUGUUUAAUUUAACAUUAACUUCUUAGAAAUGUACUGUUGCAUUGUCAAAAGUCUGGUAUUUGUUAUUUUACAACCAAUAAACCUUAUUUCCUGCAUGUAUUCACACCCUUCCCCCUUUCUACCACAUCCGUUUGACCUGGUCCAUGUAAUUUGUGCUGAGUACAACAUAAAGUGUGUGUAAAUAUGUUAAUAAAAGUGAUUAAUA